GCACCGCGCAUGCGCAACAACCGUGUGACGCAACACGUUUGGGUUUUGGUGCGUUACGGAAGUGAGAUGACGCUCCCGUUAUUCACACCUUCCACACGAAACAGAUGCUACGCGAGUUCGGCGGAGAGGUUGCUGUUCAGAUGAAGAGGGCUCGCCUGGCUGACCCUGUGGCUCACCCUCCGUUGCCAUGGCAACGCCCUAUUUCCCCACAUUCCUGCUCCUCCUUUUCCUGUCCUCCUUUGCCCUCCUGCUUCUGACCCUCCGCCGUCCUGCGGUCGCCCCGUCGAAUCCCUUCUCCGCCUCCUCCCCUCCGCCGCCAUGGCCGCCACUCUCCUGCGGCCGGGGUCAGUCGUGGGCCGUCAGGCUCCACUCGGGCCCACGUCAGGAGGGAGAAGAUGGCGAACAGAGCUCCGUGGAACUGGAUGCGGUGGCCAACAGGGUAGCACAGCAGGCCGGGCUGAAGAACCACGGCCAGAUCGGAGAGCUUGAGGGUCACUACUUGCUGUGCUCCGUCACGCCUGAAUCCCUGGCCGGCAUUUGGAGCAAGAGUGUCCGGCCCGGUGACGUCCUGGCAGCGCACCCUCACGUCCUGUGGCACUCCCAGGAGAGGGUGCUGAGCCGCUCUAAGAGGUCGAUGGCCUUCAACGAUCCCAAUUACCCCAAACAGUGGCACCUGCACAAUCACCUCAACGAGGGAAUGGACAUCAACGUAACGGGAGUGUGGGAGCGCAACAUCACUGGCCGAGGCGUCACGGUGGUGGUGGUGGACGACGGGGUGGAGCACACCCACCGGGACCUCCAGUCCAACUAUAGUCCGGAGGGCAGUUACGACCUGAACUCCAACGACCCGGAUCCCAUGCCUCACCCGGACGCCCACAGCGACAACCACCACGGGACGCGGUGUGCCGGGGAGGUCGCGGCCGUUCCCAACAACAGCUUCUGUGCCGUGGGCGUGGCCUACGGCAGCAAGGUGGCAGGCAUCAGAGUGCUGGACGGCCCGCUGACCGACAGCCUGGAGGCCAUAGCGUUCAACAAGCACUACCAGGUCAACGACAUCUACAGCUGCAGUUGGGGUCCAGAUGAUGACGGACACACGGUGGAUGGACCCCAUCCUCUGGGCAAGGCGGCGCUGCAGCACGGGGUGAUUGCGGGCAGACAAGGCUUCGGCAGCAUCUUCGUGGUAGCCAGCGGCAACGGAGGUCAAUUCAACGACAACUGCAACUACGACGGCUACGCCAACUCCAUCUACACCAUCACAAUCGGAGCAAUCGAUGAGAAAGGCAGGAUGCCGUUCUACGCUGAAGAGUGUGCGUCCAUGCUGGCCGUCACUUUCAGCAGCGGGGGAAGCAAGUUGAGGAGCAUUGUGACGUCGGACUGGUCCAUGCAGAAGGGCACCGGCUGCACCGAGGGCCACACCGGCACGUCGGCCGCGGCCCCGCUGGCGGCGGGAAUGGUGGCCCUCAUGCUGCAGGUCCGUCCCUGUCUCACCUGGAGGGACGUGCAGCACAUCAUCACCUUCACCGCCACCAAGUGUGACAGCAGUGCCGACUGGAGGGUGAACGGAGCCGGUUUCCACCACAGCCACCAGCACGGCUUCGGCGUGCUCAACGCAUGGAGGCUGGUCAAUGCUGCCAAGGUUUGGGAGUCGGUGCCGUUUCUCGCGGCCUAUCAGAGCUCUGCGAUCAAGGAGGAAGCGCUCAUUCCCAAUUAUCCACACGAGCUGAUCCGGACCUGGGAAGUCACUGCCGCCGACCUCAGACAGUCCGGCCUGGAGACCCUGGAGCACGUGGCCGUCACCGUGACGAUAAGCCACCCCUGCCGCGGCAGCGUGGAGAUCACGUUGGUCUGCCCCAGCGGAAUGACGUCGGUGCUCGGGGCGCGCCGCGCCAUCGACAGGGACCCCGCAGGCUACCAGGACUGGACCUUCUCCACCGUGCGCUGCUGGGGGGAGAGAGCGAAAGGCCAGUACACCCUCAAGAUGUCCGACCACAAAGAGAUGACCCUGGCGCAGUGCGUCAGGUCGGGCGCCUUGAAGCAGUGGCAGCUGACCCUGUAUGGUUCCUCCAUGACCGACGGCGAGGUCCAGGACCGACGGAGGCUGGUGGAGGAGGCUAUGAGUGGCGAGUAUCUGGACAGCAGCUUCUCUCUGCCCUGCCCUCCGGGCCUGGACAUCGCUCCGGAGGUCAUCCGCCCGUUCUCCUCCAACAACCUCAAGUUCCUGCUGUUGCUGGGCUGCUUUGCUCUUUUCUGGUCGCUGUACUACACGCUGGAGGUCACCCUGGCCCACGUGGACCUGAUGGGCCUGCUGUGCCUGCGCAGCAGACGGGGCGGUCACCGGGCGGGGGGGGGGCGCCGAGGGAGAGGAGUGGAGGACGCGUUGGCGGAGGAGGAGUCGGGAGAGGAGUCGGGCGAGGAGGAGCACGACUCUGGGGUGGAGCUGCAUGCGGUGGUGGACUCCGAAGCCAAAGCGCCGCUUUUGAACGCGGAGCGGCUGACACUGUAGCACGGAGCCGGUGGGAGCCGAGGAAUGUCGCUGUCUCUGCUCGUGGGACGUCUCCGCCUGUCCUCCUGUCCUGCCUUUCACCUGUUUAUCUGUGUUGGUGGUGGUGUGUGUGGGGGGGGGGCCAGAAUUAACUAAAGUUAUCUCUUUGUCCUUGACUGCUUUGUCCAAACACAUGGCCUUUUUAUUCAAAUCUUUUCAAAUUUGAGCUGUGACUGUUUGUGUGGGAGUGUGUGCGUGUUGUUGUACACCCUCCCACUCCCACUCCCAACAAAUGUCAAAUGACAAAAAAAUGUGAAGACAAUCCCGGGGGGUUGAAGUACCAAUCAGGGUUGGCUGUUGGUCAGAUUAAGGGUCAGGAUGAACUGUGAGUCUGUGUCAUAGAUUGGAUGUACUUUACAAACACUUGUGGGUCAUUAAACCAAGAGAAAAACAAAAUGAUUUGCACUGCAAGAGAGA